AUGCGCAUAUAUAAUUCUGUAGGCCAGAGGUGUUACUCAUCCGAAGGAACACUUUUACUCCUAGAUGAUUCUCCAAAUUUGGAUUUAGGAGACACAUACCCUUACAGUUUCUCAGAUCUUAACAAAUUCACCAUCGUUGGUUGUGAUGAUUUGUCUUUUUUAUCUGGCUCUAACUUCGCUAUUGGAUGUGGCUCUUUCUGUACUGAUAAUUCUAGUCAUGCUGUUAUUGAAGGAACAUAUUAUGCUUGUCUAGUUAAUAGCCAGUGUGUGGAUUCCCACACUGACAUUGGUGGAUAUCGGUGCAGCUGUAACCCGGGAUAUGAAGGCAAUCCAUACAUCAGUCCGGGCUGCCAAGAUAUUGAUGAAUGUGCUGAUUCAAGUACUAAUAUGUGUGAACACAAUUGCAUAAACACUCCCGGAAACUUCACUUGUUCCUGCUUAAAAGGCUACACUGGCGAUGGCAAAAAGAAUGGCCGUGGCUGUAAUGCCCCAAACUCGAACUCUGAGUUCCCAUGGAUCAAGUUUUCUAUUGGUAUGGGAGUUGGCUUUAUAUCCCUAGUGGUUGGGGCAAUUUUGCUCUAUUUCUGUAUCAAGAAACGAAAACUCAUUAAAAGUAGGGAAAAGUUCUUCCAACAAAAUGGUGGUUUACUCUUGAAACAACAAAUCUCCUCUAUCAAGGGUGGUGUGGAAGCGACCAAAAUUUUUACAGUUGACGAGUUGAGGAAGGCUACGAAUAACUAUGCCAGUGAUAGAAUUCUUGGUCAUGGUGGAAAUGGAAUCGUAUACAAAGGUAUACUACCUGAUAAAAGCAUAGUUGCUAUUAAGAAAUCUAAGUAUGUGGAUGAGAAUCAAGUUGAACAGUUCAUCAAUGAGGUAGUUAUUCUUACUCAAGUAAACCAUAGAAACGUCGUUAGACUCUUUGGAUGUUGUUUGGAAGCUGAAGUUCCCUUACUGGUUUACGAAUACGUUUCUCAUGGAACUCUUUCUGAGCAUAUCCACAACCAAAAUGGAGCGCCUUGGUUAUCUUUGCAAAAUCGGUUGAGAAUUGCUUCAGAGACUGCAAGUUCACUUGCUUACCUUCAUUCAUCUGCAUCCAUGCCAAUAAUUCAUAGAGAUGUCAAAUCUACCAAUAUAUUAUUGGAUGAUGUUUACACAGCAAAAGUUGCAGAUUUCGGAGCUUCAAGAUUAGUCCCUCUUGAACAAACACAUGUUGCUACAUUGGUUCAAGGAACGUUAGGGUACUUAGAUCCUGAAUAUCUCCACACAGGUCAAUUGACAGACAGAAGUGACGUUUAUAGUUUUGGAGUAGUUCUUGCGGAACUUUUAACAGGGAUGAAACCUAUUUUGAGGGGAACAAGUGACGAGGAUAAAUGUUUGGUGGAAUAUUUUGUAACGUCGAUGAAAAAUAAUAGCUUAUUUCAAAUUCUUGAUGAUAGAGUUGUAAGAGAAGGAGGUGUUGAGCAACUUCAAGAGAUCGGUGAGCUCAUCAAGAGUUGCCUUCACUUGCACGGGGAAGAUAGGCCUACGAUGAAGGAAGUGGCUAUGGAACUUGAGAGUUUAAGAAAGUUCACUAGCCCUUGGACUAAUGCACACGGACAUGAAGAUCAGAAUGAAGUUUAAGUUUGGAUUAAUCUUCAUUAGUACCCAAUACAAAUAUCCCGCGGUGAUCCAAAAUAAAAUGUCAAUAUGAUAAUUAGUGGGGAUAUAUUUUUGUGUGUUUUGUAAGUUUCAUUUCUGGCCUAUCUUUAAUUAAUUUCAUAUUGGAUGUUCUUAUGUACUAUAUUUUCUUUUGAAUUUAAUCAUCAAUAUAAGAUUAC